CAAACCGUACGUGAAGUGCGUUCGCCUGCUGUUCGGACUAUCCGGAACCAACCAAAAGCCGCACAUUUGCCUUCCCUUCCAGAACGAAGACCGUUCAACCCGUAAAGUUCGUAAGCUCUCAGCAAAACACCAAGAUGCGUUCGUUCACCGUUGUUGCCGUGUUGGCGCUUAGCUUCUGCUAUGUCCACGCCGCCGAUGAACCCGCUGCCAAGGAAGCUGCCGCAGAGGGCGGAAAGACCUACAAACGUCUCAUCCCUGCCGAUGUUUUGCGAGAUUUCCCUGGCAUGUGCUUCGCAUCGACCAAGUGCGCCACCUUUGAGCCGGGUCAGUCCUGGGAUCUGAGCCCGUUCUGUGGCCGUUCGACCUGUGUCCUGUCCGACGAUUCUCAGCCGCGCCUGCUUGAGCUGGUUGAGGACUGCGGACCGCUGCCGCUGGCCAAUGACAAGUGCAAGCUGGACACUGAGAAGACGAACAAGACGGCCGCUUUCCCGGCCUGCUGCCCGGCCUUCACCUGUGAGCCCGGCGCGAAGCUUGAGUACCCGGAAGUCAAGCCCACCCCGGAGUCGGCCUCCGAGCAACCAGCCAAGAACUAAGCGAUCGAGCAACUGCACCAACUCCUUCCCGGGACAUUCCCGGCAAGCAUCAUCUUAAUCGACGAGCGUUCGAGCGGCUCGGCAGCAAGCUCUUAUCCUAAGAAUAGAACGAAAAGAACAGAAAACAUACUACACUAAAGCUAACGUAUACCGAAUGCCCGACAAAUCGUGCGAGUACUUCUUCACUAUUUUCCAUCGUUACCGUUUUCCUCGUGCAAAGCCCUCCGGCGACAUGGCGAGUGCCGUUUUUCCUUCGACAGUUUAACAGCAAGCAGUAUAUGAACAAUUAGUCAAGUUUGUGAUAUUAGAAGUAUGUAUUUAUCUGGAGAGGAAGCAAAAGCAAAUUCCAACGCUACAGGACAGAUCAUCAUCGGGCGGAUGCAGGCAUCCUGGAGUAGACCGCAAAGUUGCAAAGUGCAGAGUUAAAGCAAAUGGAGCAUACGCCCUCCAACAUGUAUGCGGUUCCGGUGUUGCACCGCUUCCGCUCGACCCCUUCCACAGUACAAGCCACCCAAUGUCGAAACAUAUAUCCUCAUUCCCAUCCGGUGCAGACGAUCAUCAUGAGUUGCGCAAUGCAUUGAUACUGAUUUAAGUUUUGUAAUUUUGUUUUUCAUGGUAUCUUUUCAAAUAAACUCGAUUCCGUAUAAAU